GCGGCGGGCGCGGCGCGGGCGGCAGCAUGGUGGAGAAGCGCUGCCCGUUGCAGAGGGACGGCGUGUACCGCUGGUUCUCCGAACUGCCGUCGCCGCAGCGCGUGGAGUUCCUGUGCGGCCUGCUGGACCUGUGCAUCCCUCUCGAGUUGCGCUUCCUCGGCUCGUGCCUGGAGGACCUGGCACGCAAGGACUACCAUUCGCUGCGCGACUCGGAGAUUAAGGCCAACAACCCGGCGGACCUUGGCAGCCUCACCAACCUGACAGACGAGGUGGUGCGUAGCAAGCUGCUGGUGUCGCUGGCGCUGCUGGGCUCGGAGCAGCGCGAGGCUGCGGGCGUGUUGUACCGCACGCUCACGCACACCGACUCCAUCAUCCACAACUACGGGCUGCAGCUCAACGAGGGACGCACGGGCGAUGAGUUCCUUCUGCUCUUCACCAUGGCCUCCAACCACCCGGCCUUCAGCUUCCAUCAGAAGCAGGUGCUGCGCCAGGAGCUCACGCAGAUCCAGAGCAGCCUGAACGGCAACGGCGGCGGCGGCGGCGGUGGCGGCGGCGGCAAGAGCGCGCCCGGGCCCGGCGGCGCUCUGCCCACCUGCUCCGCCUGCCACAAGAUGGCGCCCAGAACCGAGACCCCUGUCAGCAGCAUCAGCAACAGUCUGGAGAAUGCAUUGCAUACAUCAGCACAUUCCACGGAGGAGUCCCUGCCCAAGAGGCCUUUGGGAAAACAUGGCAAAGUGAGUGUUGAAAAAAUAGACCUGAAGGGAUUAUCACACACAAAAAAUGACAGAAGUGUCGAGUGUUCCUUUGAGGUCUUAUGGUCUGAUUCUUCAAUAACAUCAGUAACCAAGUCUUCCUCAGAAGUGACUGAAUUUAUUUCAAAGUUAUCCCAGCUCUACCCUGAAGAGAACUUGGACAAACUCAUUCCUUGCUUGGCUGGCCCAGAUUCCUUCUAUGUGGAGCGCAACCAUGUGGAUUUGGAAGCAGGUCUGAGGUACUUGGCUUCCAUACCUUCACACACACUGAAACAUGACCACGUUAGGAAGUUCUUCAGCACUUCGUCUCCCACCCAACAGCUCCAAAGUCCAAGUCCUGGCAACCCCUCCCUUCCUAAAGUAGGUGCCAUGAUGGGCGUGUCUGGGAGGCCUGUGUGUGGAGUGGCUGGCAUUCCGUCCUCGCAGAGCAGCGCCCAGCACCACCUGCCUCACUCGGCCAGUGCGUCUGCUUCCCUGCCCCACUGCUCCCACACAGCGGGGACAGGCUCAGCACUGGCCUACCGGACCCAAGUGGACAACUCGCCUACCAUCCUGAUGCCCUCUAGUCUGCAGGCCCCUCAGCCCCAGGAGCAAAAUGGGAUUUUAGACUGGCUUAGGAAGCUGCGUUUGCACAAGUAUUACCCUGUCUUUAAACAGCUCACCAUGGAGAAGUUCCUGAGCCUUACUGAAGAAGACCUGAAUAAAUUUGAGUCCCUCACCAUGGGAGCAAAGAAAAAGCUCAAGACUCAGUUGGAGCUGGAAAAGGAGAAGUCAGAGAGACGGUGCCUCAACUCCUCAGCCCCAUCCUUGGUCACCAGCAGUGGAGUGGCCCGAGUCACCCCCACCAGCCACGUGGGGCCUGUGCAGCCUGGGCGUAGCAGCCAUGCUGCAGAGCUGCGGGUGGAGGUGGAGCCACCGGCUCACCAGCUGCCCCGGGAAGGCAGCUCCUCAGAGUAUUCCAGCUCUUCCUCUAGCCCCAUGGGUGUGCAGGUGCGAGAGGAGAGUUCAGACAGCGCUGAGGAGAGCGAUAGACGUGUGGACAUACAUGUUGAGGGUACUGAUAAGGAGAAGCCUGUAAUGUUGCUGACUCACUUCCCAUCCAACUCUGCCAGACCCACGGCCCAGGUUCUGCCUGUGCAGAAUGAGGCUGGCUCCAGCCCUGCAGGUCACCAUCCCCUGCCCCCACAGCUGAUGCCUGCAGCUUCACACCUGGCACCUGUCCGCAUGCUGAACUCUGUGCACAAGUCGGACAGAGGCAGCACGGAUGUGAAGCUCCUCUCAUCCUCUGUCCACUCCCUUCUGUCCUUGGAAGAAAGGAACAAGGGGCCUGGCCCUAGAAGUGGCACAAAAGUAGACAAGAGCUUUGGUGGCCCUGUGCUGGACACACUGCCCUCAGCGGCACCCCAUCCGCCAGUACAGGUCCUCUCGGGCAUUGUGGAGAACAACUCUGUGUCACCCACGGUCUCCUUUGGUCCCCGGGCCAAAGUUGUGCAUGCGGCCACACUGGACAGGGUGCUGAAGACAGCGCAGCAGCCAGCCCUGACUGUGGAGACCAGCUCAGCCGCCACAGGGACACCGAGCACCGUCCUGCAUGUGGCCCGGCCGCCCAUCAAGCUGCUGCUGUCCUCCUCCGUCCCUGCUGAUGCUGCCAUCUCUGGGCAGACUUCUUGCCCCAACAACGGGCAGAUCAGCGUGCCCCCUGCAAUAAUCAACCCCCGGACUGCUCUGUAUACAGCCAACACCAAAGUUGCCUUCUCUGCAGUGAGCAGUGUGCCUGUGGGCCCACUGCAGGGCAGCUUCUGCGCCAACAGCAACACUGCCUCCCCCAGCAGCCACCCCUCCACAUCUUUUGCGAGCAUGGCCACUCUGCCCAGUUGCCCUGCCCCCAGCUCCAGCCCUGCCCUCUCCUCUGUCCCUGAAAGCAGCUUCUACAGUGGCGGUGCUGGCAGCAGCUCCCCAGGAAACAUUCCUGCCUCAAGUCAGAACCACCACCACCACCACCACCAUCAGCAGCCCCCCGCACCCCCACAGCCUGCGCCGCCCCCACCUGGCUGCAUUGUGUGCACGUCCUGUGGGUGCAGUGGCAGCUGUGGCUCCAGUGGCCUGACUGUCAGCUAUGCCAACUACUUCCAGCACCCAUUCUCUGGGCCAUCCAUGUUUACCUUCCCUUUCCUACCCUUCAGUCCCAUGUGCAGCAACGGCUACGUCAGCACCCAGCAGUACGGUGGCGGUUCUGCCUUCCCUGUUGUGCACGCGCCCUACAGUGGCAGUGUGACUCCGGACCCUGUCCUAGGUGGGCAGUCCACUUUCGCGGUGCCACCCAUGCAGAACUUCAUGGCUGGGACAGCAGGGGUGUACCAAACCCAAGGCCUGGUGGGCAGCACCAAUGGCUCCAGUCACAAAAAGAGUGGCAAUCUGUCCUGUUACAACUGUGGAGCUACUGGCCACCGCGCUCAGGAUUGCAAGCAACCGUCCAUGGACUUCAACCGGCAAGGAACUUUUAGGUUGAAAUAUGCCCCUCCAGCAGAAAGUCUGGACUCCACGGACUGAUCCUUUUUUUUUUUUUUUUGGCAACAGAACAUUUUAUUAAGCCAUGAAAAAUCACAUAGAGAACUGAAGUCAAGUUGCUAUGGAGCCAUGGAGACCUAAGGAAAAUCACAUAGAAAACUGAAGUCGAGUUGCUGUGGAGCUUAAUAUUUUUAACCCAAAGGUGCUUUACUUUACUAUACUGGAUAGAGAAUCUAGCAUAGAAGUGCGUCAAACUCGAUUUCAUUGCCAAAAUCCUAGUUUGGAGCUUGAUAUAAGGACUGCCUAGUAGACAUCUCCACAGCAGUGAUGUGGCCACCACACCGUUGUUGCAGUAUGGAGACCUGUCUCCUGAAGAUCGCUGGUCCUUCUAGGCUCACACAUAAAUUCCAGGGCAGCUAUGCACGACCUGAGUUAAGACUGCAGGUCGGAGUUCUCUCAAGUGGAGUUCCCCAGUCGGAUCCAAGACCCCUUUGGGCUAGGAAGUGCCAACUGGAUUUUGCUGUUUCCUAGAGUGGGAGCCUCAUGUCUGGCUUCUUAAGGAUUGCACUACCUGACAAGGACCCUUUCAGUCUGGGAGGCAGACUCUUCUGGGACCCGACAAGUAGGGGACUCCAUCAGUGGGCAUUGGAGUUGGCACCAGCAGGCUGCUCGGCCUAGUACACCCAGAGGUCGCAGGGUGUCCUUCUGCAGACACGUGGAGCAGUUCCAGGUUUUUAAUAUUCUUUUCUGUAAACAAAUUUACACAAUAUUAGUAGAUAAGACAUAGCUCACUCUUGACAACUUCGUUUCUAAGGGUCCAAGUCCCAGGGAAUCCAGUCACCGAGGCUUGAGACCACCCCUCCCAUUGGUGGCUUUGAGCCUGCUCUCUCCAAACAAGAACCAACUCCUGAGGACAUGGGAAUGACUCGACUUUGUGAGUUGGCUUUGACCGAUGCUCCUCAUUCUUCAGGAAGCUGGCAAGUUGUCGUGUCUCAAAUGGCUUCCCCCAGGACCCCAGCCCCAGAGCUUACUGCUGAUGAAUUUACACUUGAGACAGACAUUCAGCAGUAAUACAGUCCUGUGAUUUAUGAACAAGACUGGAAACUGUCAGCUUCUUUUGUGGUAGGCUGUGUGUUGAUAGUUAAUUCCGUUAAAAUUGCCUGGAAAACUUCAGUAGAGAGAUGCAAGACUCCUCGAAACCACUCACCAGUUACAGUCCAGACCAGGGGUGGGGGUGGGUCCUCACUCCUCAACAGGGUAUGAACGUUUCAACCCACCACAACGGAAGCAUGAGGGGCUUAGACCUUCGAGGUUAAAGGGAAUUUUAUGCUCAAAUAAUAUUUAAAAUGCUGAAGCCUUCGGUGUUAAAAAAUUAAUGGUAAGAUCUUGCCAAGGAUUUUCCAGCUUCGUAUUUAUGGAGAAGAAAAUCUCAGUCCUUAGACCAUUCUUCAGAUGGGACAAUCACCCUCAUGCAAAAUUAGUGUAAAUCACAAAAUACCCUAUAAUUGGAGGCGCUGUGAUGCAAGGCUUCAUAUUCUAAGAUGGGCUUUCUAUCCGUGGAGACCCACACGGAAGGCUUGAGUGUUGUCGAUUCUAUGCAAUGCAGGAUUGAUAGACCUCUGUUCUGUCCAUGGCACACAGUAUCACAUCUGUUCUGAGGUGAUGGUGAUGAGGCGUUAGGGGAUGCACUGUUGAUCUCUCACUCAGUAACACUACAAAUGUCAAAUACAAGAACUGACACAACUUUGCCUUAAAGAGCACCAGACUGGGAUUGGUCGCAUUGUGUUAAUAAGGAAGACUUAGAGUGUUCAUUGAUGUUUACGAUUUUAAUAUUUCUGAAGGCCGUUACAGUGGCCUGGAUAUGUGCUGAAAGCCAAACUUUUAAAUUUUUUGGUUUUUUUAAACAAAGAAAUAUUUUAAAUAAAUCCUAUUUCAACACAGAAAUUGUUGAAAACUGUCUCAUAGCAAAAGAAAAAAAUCAUAUUUAAGUUUUUUGUUUUGUGGUCAGUAUAGGGAAUGGAAGUGUCUUGUUACCCUUUCAGCUGUUAACCUGAAAGACAGCAGUCUGCUGUGGCAACUCCCACAUGACUUGGCAUUCAGCUGAGGCAAGUGAGCCCCAGCACCAUCUCCGCUGUCCAGACAGAAGUCUGUGUCUGGAAGCCGCCGGUUGUCUUUGGAAGAGCUUGUGUGGUGUGGCAUUUCUGUGAAGCCGGCAAGGAUUAUAUCACGCAAAGGAGCAUGCACAACAUGGGAUCAUGGGCAGAUGUUUGUGGGUGGGGCUCACUCCCAUAGCCUGUAGAGGCCAUCAGCAUGGCCAACACUUUCACUGGGAGACUUGUUACACACCAAACAGACCAGCCCUUUCCAGUCAUUUUCCUGAAACUGCUGUGUCAGGUGGCAGUGGUACCCAGGUGGGCAUAGCCCCGGGACUGCGGCGUCAGUUCGAAUCCUGUGUUAACAUCUCAGGGUAGGAAGUGGGAUAUUCAGAUAGGAAGGAGGGCAUGAUGUUGGGACAAAACAGCUAUGUGACCUUUUUGUUGUUUAAGCAAACUACUCAAUUUUCUACCUUCCUUUCUAGUUUUUAUUUCAUGCUUGAUAGCGAAAAUUGGAAAGUGUUUUAAUGUUGAAAACUCCUAACUUCUGAAGAGCACUGAGGAGUGGGAGCUAGCUCUUACAAUAAAGACAAAAUACUUCUUCAACAUAUAUACGGUUGGGUAUUAGGAAACCAGCGGCACGCUCAUCUCGCAAAGAUGACAGCAGCUGGCCUGUUAAUGCAAUAGUUAGCAGCUCCCGUGUGGAGCUCGUCAGGCUUCCGGUCCUGCGCGCAGGUCAGCCUGGGGUACCACGCGCACGUCAGAGGCAUUCGCAGUGGCGGUACCUUCGCCUACAUGUGUGCCAUGACAGUCCCUUGAGGACAGCCCGAUGGGAACUAGGUCUCUCCGCACUCCGUCCCUGUCACUCUAUCUUGCUUCCCUGGCAUUUGGUCUGACACGUGCUAGUUUUACAGCCAGCUAACGGGUGACAUUACUUGCUAAAGUCUUAAAAGGUUGUAGGGACUCUGUCUGCUCAGCCUCAUCCCCAAGGGCAGUCCUGGGGAACCUGAGCAGGGAGAGCUGUCCUUUCCAAAGCGUAGAUGACUCCCAUAGAGCAAGUCAGGUGGCCUAAGAACCCACGGGGUCCAGAGACUGGACUGCUGGCCUGUCCGAGUUUGACUGAAUGCAAGCAUCUGUAGUCAACACUUGGCAAUAUUUCAGAAAACCACAUACUGUACUGGCAAGGCCAGGUCCAGGUCCAGGUCACUGCCCUACCACAAGGCGGGCAGUGGCCCAGCCCUCAGCACAGGUCAGUUCUCACGCACACACAGAGGAGAUGUUGGUACCAAGACUGAAACCUUCAGAUUCUAUUGGGCAUAUUUUCUUUUUAGGAAUGAAGGACAAUUCUCCCCAUUUUUGAGCCAUUCUUUUGUCAAUUCUACAAAAUUGCAUGUAACUUUAUAAAUAUUUUUAAAAGAUAUAGUUUUGUAAAUAUUUAAUAUUCUGCUAAUUUGAUUUUGAAUUGUAAAUGUCAAGUAUUCUGUUUUUGGGGUUUUUAUGUUUUAUUAUACUUUGUUAAAAAGGAAAAAUUGUACAUUUUUAGACUGUUUUUAUGAGUAAAUUUAAUGUACGGAAAAUAAAAAUUAAAAAAAACUCAA